CUUCAGAAACAUUGUCCUAAACCAAAUAGAAUUUGGUAAGUUCUAAUAUGUACAUCUAUUUAUUCCCUCAGCUCCUUCUUUCUGUAACCCGUGACAUCUUAUUGAUCAAAAAAUUUUUAUCAAUUCAUUCAUCUUAGCUCGCUGAUUUUUUUCAAAUCAUAAAAGAGGCAUAUUCUUGACCAUUGUUAACUUAAAAAUUCUCAGAGAAAGUUACAAAUUUUCGGGAUGGAGACGUCAAAUUCAGUCCCAAGCAUUCUCAACGGUGCCAUUCUCGACAUCUUUUGCAGACUACCUGUGAAAUCUCUAGUCCGAUUCAGUGCAGUCAGCAAGCUUUGGGAAAGAGAUAAUUACAUUCUUGCAGGUUGCUGCAAUGGAAUCCUAUGUGUUCACAAGAUUUGCAAUUGCUACAAUCCCAAGAAAAUAUACCUCUGGAAUCCCUUAUUGCAUCAACGCAGGGCACUUCCCAAAAGCAAAUCUCUUGAACAUUUCACAGAUUUGGGAUUCUUCUUCGACCAGCGUAACGAUGAUUAUAAAGUUGUCAAGAUUUUCAUGUUCCGUAUAGUCGAGAUAUAUAGUUCGAAGAGCAAUUUGUGGAGGUCAGUUGACCUGACCAACAUGCCUAUGAGCGUCAGCCGCACCAAAGAUUUUCAGAUUCCUGCGGCAUUCAAUGGGAUUCUGCAUUGUCUUGUGUAUAAAGUUAACUGCGGUAAAGAUGCACCACCAUAUUCAGUGAUCAAAUUCAACAAUGUUGAGGAAAAGUUUGAGGAGAUUCUGUUGCCGGAAAGCAAUCCUCUCGACUUUUCUACUGCUCGGCUUGGGGUUUAUCAGGGCUGUCUUUCUUUAGCCUGUUGGUUUCCACCGCUUGGGGAUGAGGUCUGGAUAGUGAAGGAUGAUCAGGAUAAAGGUACAUACAAAUCUUCGAAAAUUGCUGUCCCAAACUCUUCAGACGGCGGAUUCCAGCACUCUGACGUAAAGGGAUUCACAAUCAACAGUAAAGACUUAGCAGAUUGCAGAUGGGAUAUUGUUUUGUAUGACUAUGGAAGAGGCAUCUACGAAGAUUUUGGACUUGGAUCUGGUUCUGGUUCUGCUUCAUCUUCAUAUGGGCGCAUUACUUUGUAGUUGAUUAUGUGGAAAGUCUGAUACCUGUUUGGCCAGGUGCCAAAAAGGUCUUAUAUAGUUGUAGGAAAACAAAAUUGAAGGAGAAUCUCCAAUUAUUUAUUGAAAAAGGCCGUUUUUUUUUUUUUUU